CGACUGCAGGAGCGGAGUGAGGAGACGAAGAGGAAGUCCCGCGUGCGCACUGACUAUACAAGCGAGGGACCUCGGUGUCAUGGCCGCCGACGGUGACGAUGGCGCAGCCUCAGCUCCAGCCGUCUCUGACAGUGGUGCCAGCCAAAGCACAAAAUCUGGGGAGGAGCUAGUAGUCCAGGUUCCCGUGGUGGAUGUGCAAAGUGACAACUUCAAGGAGAUGUGGCCAUCCCUCCUGCUGGCCAUAAAGACAGCUAGCUUUGUGGCUGUGGACACGGAACUGAGUGGGCUUGGGGACAGGAAGAGUUUGCUGAACCAGUGCAUCGAGGAACGUUACAAGGCCGUGUGUCAUGCUGCCAGGACCCGUUCUAUCCUCUCCCUGGGCCUCGCCUGCUUCAAGCAGCAGCCAGACAAGGGUGAACACUCAUACCUGGCCCAGGUGUUCAAUCUGACCCUGCUGUGCAUGGAAGAGUAUGUCAUAGAACCAAAGUCUGUGCAGUUCCUGGUACAGCAUGGCUUCAACUUCAACCAGCAGUACGCCCAGGGUAUCCCCUACCACAAAGGCAAUGACAAGGGUGAUGAGAGCCAGAGCCAAUCAGUGAGGACACUGUUCCUGGAGCUAAUCCGGGCCCGCCGGCCCCUGGUACUACACAACGGUCUUAUAGACUUGGUGUUCCUGUACCAGAACUUCUAUGCACACCUGCCUGAGAGCUUGGGAACCUUUACUGCUGACCUAUGUGAAAUGUUCCCAGCUGGCAUUUAUGACACCAAAUAUGCUGCUGAGUUUCACGCCCGCUUCGUGGCCUCCUACCUAGAAUAUGCCUUCCGGAAAUGUGAGCGGGAAAAUGGGAAGCAGCGGGCAGCUGGCAGCCCACACCUCACCCUGGAGUUCUGCAGCUAUCCUUCUAGCAUGAGGGCCCAUAUUGACUACCGCUGCUGCAUGCCCCCUGCAACCUACCGUAUUCAUUCCACCAGCAUCUGUGACAACUUCUCGGCCUAUGGCUGGUGCCCCCUGGGACCACAGUGUCCUCGGUCCCAUGAUAUUGACCUAAUCAUUGACACUGAUGAAGCUGUGGUGGAGGACAAGAGGCGACGGCGACGACGUAGGGAGAAACGGCGGAGGUCUUUGUUGGGCCUGCCUGAGAAACAGACUUCUGGUGAAACUGAGGAUGGUCCUCCCACCAAGCAGGUCUGUAGGGUUGGCCUCAAGCCUGAGGAAAUUGAGCAGGAGGUGGCUGAGGAUGAGACUGGGAACCAACGUGGCUCUGAGCAAGGUCACAAAAAUGACUUGGAGAUGGAGCAGAGAGCAGCAAGGCCUGACACAGCUGACAUGGCCAGCUCAGAAGCUCCAGAGAGUCAAGUCACUCCUAACCCAGUGCCUGGGGAUGGAUUGCAUCGGGCUGGUUUUGAUGCCUUUAUGACAGGUUACGUGAUGGCCUACGUGGGAGUGGGCCAAGGACCCCAGCCCUCUAACUCUGAACCAUGGCUACCUGAAUGCCACAACAAGGUAUACCUGAGUGGCAAAGCUGUCCCCCUCACAGUGGCUAAGAGCCAGUUCUCCCGUUCUUCCAAAGCCCACAACCAGAAGAUGAAGCUGGCUUGGGGCAGCAGCUGA